AUGGCUUCAGCGACGGGGGACGAGGCUGCAGCUAUGGACAGCAUCUCCCGGGCCCCUGCGGCUCCUCCUGCAGCUGUAAGCGCGGCGGUGAGUGCGUCUGUGGCGGGGAACGAUCAGACAGAAGCCCCGGUGGAUGGAGCGGAAGCUGCAUCAUCAGCGCCUAAAAAGGGUAACAGCAGUGAUAGCGGGGUAGAGACAGCAGAGGAGGCUGUGGAGCCAUCAGAGCCUGAUAUAAACGUGUUAUGUGGUGAUAUGUUUGAAAAGAUGGCAAUUUUUCUACAAGGAGAACUCACUGCUACAUGUGACGACUACCGCUUGUUGGAGAAUAUGAACAAGCUGACCAGUCUGAAGUACAUGGAAAUGAAGGAUAUCAGUAUAAAUAUUAGUCGGAACUUACAAGACCUUAAUAAUAAAUAUGCCAGCCUUCAGCCAUACUUGGAUCAGAUAAAUGAGAUUGAGGAGCAUGUCACUUCACUUGAACAGGCGGCAUACAAACUGGAUGCUUAUUCUAAAAAACUUGAGGCACGAUUUAAGAAGCUGGAGAAGCGAUGA